AGGCAUCCAUGAAGGUUGUUCACAGGUUCGGUCCGUGCUCAGGUCGGGGCGGAGACUCGCCAAGCAUGAGGGAGAUUCUGCUGCGCGACGAGUCUCGAGUCCAAUCAAUACAAGCCCGACUCAGAUCUUUGAGCUUGGCCAACAACAAUAAUAAUGGCGACAUGGGGGCCCGAGAGUCAGAAACUGUAGAUCUCCCGGCGGUGAACGAAAGCCCAAGCGGCGUGGGAAACUACAUCGUGACCGUGGGACUUGGGACGCCGCCUAAAAGUGUGCAGCUAGUGUUUGACACCGGCAGCCACCUGACGUGGACUCAAUGCGAGCCGUGCGCGAUACAGUGCUACAAACAGCGCCUCCCAAGAUUCAAACCCGCAUCUUCAACAACCUAUUUCAACCUAUCAUGUAAUUCUCAAGCUUGCUCCGAGCUGAAGCACGCUACGUCGUAUCCCGGGAAAUGCGAUAAUUCCACCUACACGUGCCUCUACAGUUCCUCUUACGGCGACAAUUCAUACUCCCUAGGCGAGCUGGCGAAAGACAAGCUAACCUUAACCUCCACGGAUGUCGUUGACGGCUUCAUAUUUGGGUGCGGCCAAAACAACUACUUCACCUAUGGCGACGACAUUGGUGGACUGAUGGGUUUAGGAACUGCUUCUCUCUCUAUCGUCUCCCAAACAUCUCAACAAUUCGGAAACUACUUCUCCUAUUGCCUCCCCACCCGAACAGGAUCAGACGGACAUUUAACGUUCGGGAAGAACAAUGAAAACACAAAUAAUCUCAACUACACACCUCUCUUGCCUUCAUACGGCAACAUUGUUGCAUUCUACUUCAUCGAGGUCUUGGCAAUAAGUGUUAACGGACAGCAGCUGUCGAUCUCUCCGACACUGUUCCAGAACCCCGACACCAUCAUAGACUCCGGCACCGUCAUAACCCGCCUCCCCACGCCCGCCUACAACGCUCCGCGCGAUGCUUUCAAGCAGCAGAUGAGAAUGUAUCCUUUAAUACAAAACCCCUCAUCAAAAAAGUUAUUCGACCGACUUCACCAACUAUCCUAACCCAACCAUACCGGAGAUAAGCUUCACGUUUGGUGGUAAUCUGGUGGUUGAUUUGGAUCCUAGAGGGGUGAUGGUUCCUGUACUUGACAACGGCUCAGAAGUCUGUCUAGCCUUUGCGAAUUAUUCUACAAAUGGGGGGAUUUUCGGAAACUAUCAACAGCAGACGUUUGAGGUGGUGUAUGAUGUUGCCGGAGGGCAGCUGGGGUUUGCCUCCGGUGGCUGUUCUUGACCUUAAUUUUCCGGUGAUUAUUGGAGCCCGAAUCACAACUAUGGGUUUAACAUUAUAUUGUGUGUUAUAAGAAGUAUGGAAUAUAAUAGCUAAAUAAGUUGAGCCUAGAAGUUCAACAAAAGCAAAUUAAAAGUGCUUGUUUAAUAGUUUAUCUUGCAUUAUGUCCCCGAA